GCCCACAUCGACCUAGGUACUGUUUUGCUUCAUUCAUCUGCGGUGACUUGAGUCUAGUUAAUAGAAUCAUGUCGCCGGCUGACCAUAAGCCGCUGGAGCUGGUGCCGGCCCUAGAAUCGCUACAGGUUAAUGAUAAGGAUGAUGACGAGGCGGCGCAGGCCGGGGGGCUCAGCAAGUCACAGCUGAAGCGGCUAAAGCAGAAGGCCAAGAAGGCCGCUGAGGGUGGGCAGCCAGCGGAGGGUGAUAAUGCCGAGUCGGAGCCGGCGAAUGGCGCAGCCGCUGCGGCUCCAGCGGGCACGGAGGACCAGGAGGGCGACGACUCUGGUGACGAUGACGAGCCGGGCGCUGAGGGCGGGGCCGGUGGCGAGGGCAAGAAGAAGAAGAAAAAGAAGAAAAAGACCGCGGCGCAGAAGGCGGCAGCUGCGGCUGCUGCUGGUGGUUCUGCCGGUGCGCCCUCCGCGACUGGCACAUCGGCGGCGAUGCCCGCGCUCAAACCGGGCGAGAAGCUUACGCAGACCGACCCGCCCAGCGUGCCGGUUCGGCUGCUGUACCCCGAGGGCAAGUACCCGGAGGGCGAGUGGCAGAGCUACAAGGACGACAACCUGUGGCGGGAAACCAGCGCGGAGAAGCGCGAGCUGGAGCGACUGAACUGGGACAUGCUCAACGACGUGCGCCGGGCUGCGGAGGUGCACCGCGAGGUUCGCAAGUACAUGAAGACCAUCAUCAAGCCGGGCAUCAAGCUCUUUGACAUGUGCGAGGAGCUGGAGAGCCGUGUGCGCACGCUCAUCGAGGCCAACGGCCUCGACGCCGGCAUCGCCUUCCCCACCGGCUGCUCGCUCAACUACGUCGCCGCGCACUGGACGCCCAACGCGGGCGACAAGACGGUGCUCACGUACGAUGACGUGAUGAAGCUGGACUUCGGCAUCCACGUUGGCGGCCGCAUCAUUGACUCAGCGUUUACGGUGCACUUCAACCCCAAAUACGACCCGCUGGUUGCGGCGGUCAAGGCCGCCACGAACGCCGGCAUCAAGGCUGCGGGCAUUGACGUGCGGCUGUGCGACGUGGGCGAGGCGGUGCAGGAGGUGAUGGAGUCGUACGAGGUGGAGCUGGACGGGCGCACGCACCAGGUCAAGUGCAUCCGCAACCUCAACGGCCACUCCAUCGGCCCCUACCAGAUCCACGCCGGCAAGAGCGUGCCCAUCGUGCGGGGCGGCGAGGCGACCAAGAUGGAGGAGGGCGAGUUCUUCGCCAUUGAGACCUUCGGCACCACCGGCAAGGGAUACGUGCGCGAGGACCUGGAGUGCAGCCACUACAUGAAGAACUUCGACGUGGGGCACGUGCCGCUGCGCCUGCCGCGCGCCAAGCAGCUGCUGGCCACCAUUGAGAAGAACUUCGGAACACUGGCCUUCUGCAGGCGCUACCUGGACCGGCUGGGUGAGGACAAGUACCUCAUGGCGCUCAAGAACCUGUGCGACGCGGGUGUGGUGGACCCCUACCCGCCGCUGUGCGACGCCAAGGGCUGCUACACGGCCCAGUUUGAGCACACCAUCUACCUCCACCCCACUCGCAAGGAGGUGCUCUCCCGCGGCGACGACUUCUGAGCAGCAGCUGCCGGUGCCGGCGCGGGGAGGGGCUGUGGGGAGGGGCAGUGGCGGCGCGGCCGUGGAGCACACGGUGGAGGCGGCGACGGCGGCGGCGGCUGUAGCGGUGGUAGCUACAGCCGCUUGAGGAUCAGGAGGAGGAGGAGGCUACAGGCGCUGCAGCGGCGUAGCGGGCAUGGAUCAGGUUGGGGUCAGGGCGCCCCGGGCUUUGGCAGCGUCUGGCUACGUGUCAGCCUGCGGUUGUGGCCCAGGCACGGCAGGUUCAGGAGCAGCAGGGCCGGGGGCACAGCCGCACAGCGGCGGCCGUGGCCCAUGGGCCGUGAGACGCGCCAGCACCUGACGCGGCGAGGGCGAGGGCGCGGAGUGCGGACCGAUGUGGGUGCCCAGGACAUUGGUCUAUGUUGGCAAGUAUUGUUGUUGGGACCGCACUGUUGAGGCGGGGCAGGAUGAUGGUGACCGGAUAGCUUUGGGUGGCCGAGGGCACUAAGGUGUGUGUACCGGUAUGUGCGGCUGGCACGUUACAUAGGAUGUGUUUUAUGGGUGCCUGGAACACCUGGCGAGCGGGGUGAGGAGGACCCCCGGUUUUGACUCUAGCGCCAUACGUCCUGACUGACUGACACGAGGUUUGGUGCUCCCUGGUUUGACAACGGUAGGUAGGCACUAGGCAGGCAGGCAGGCGGGCACAUACACGCAUCACACACACGCGGCACCGGCCGGGUCCGGCUGUAGCUCUGGACGCAGGAGGACGCGGGGGCAGUGCAGGGCACGUCCGGACCAGACAGAUUGAUGGCAGGGGCACGGCCGGCCAGGCAAUUAGAUGAGGGAUGUCGAGGGGUAUUUACGCAGUACUGGUUACCCCAUACUGAAACGGGAAGUUUUUACGGGGCGUAGCUUGGGUAGACUGCGCCAGAGGUGGGGUCGCAACGUUGCGAUUAGCCGAUAUUACAGGCGGCUGGCUGGGCAGAAAGACUAGGCUGGCUGUAGUAUGCAGUGUGCAUAUACAAGGCUGCCAGGUUUGGUGGUUGGACCGCCGGGGCGGAGGUGUGCGGGCACUGACAGCCGUUCGCUACUGCGAGCUGUUCCUUGUGCGGUCUCCAGAGGCCAACGGGGAGCAGUUGUGUGUUAGGCUGUUAGCAUGCUCUGGUGGUUGUGGUUGGUGGCUGUUGGCUCAAAGAUUAGGGCUUCUGGGGUAGACCAGCUGCGCUAAGGACCGAUCGACCGGUGCCUGUGGGCAGAGUCGUCGUGGCGAGUGUGUCCUGGUGUGUCAAACUACCAACACCUGGUGAGCAAAUGUGGUACCACACGCCAGUCGCAGUGUAAUCUGCGUGGCAAUAUAUCUGCGUGGCAAUAUAUUUGGAGCUUUUAGGGGCGUGGGACAUCAGCUGCGCUGGAUAUGCGGCAGGAGUGGAGGAGGGGGGCCAACCGCUGGGAGAGGGUCCGAGCGCCGAAGGUGCAAGGCGGCAACUCCAAACGUUGAUGCGGGCAUGUCGAUGCCGGCGAUGCGCACCUCGUGGACGGCGCGUUCUUCUGUUGAUACUUUUGUGAUAGUUGCCGACUUAGUAUUGCGUGGAAAUUGCGGAGAUUGGUGCGCCGGGGAGUGAAAACGACAGAAAUG